UACAUAUGAAAAAUAUCUAUUAAUUACAAGCUUGGUGAUCAAGGAUAUACAAAAGAAGAACAACAAAAUAAUUAAAAUGGCCCCAGAAGAUGGUGCCACAUCUAUGUCUAGGAACACAACAGCUGGUGGUGGUGGCGGCAGCGUUGCACGAAUGUCUGGAGGACAAGUUUUGAAAAAAGGUCCAUGGACCGCAGCUGAAGAUGCGGUUUUAAUGGAGUAUGUGAAGAAACAUGGUGAAGGAAAUUGGAAUGCUGUUCAAAGGAAUUCCGGGUUGAUGAGAUGUGGAAAGAGUUGUAGGUUAAGAUGGGCGAAUCAUUUACGACCAAAUUUAAGGAAAGGAGCGUUUACUCCCGAAGAAGAACGACAAAUUAUUGAACUUCAUUCGAAAUUUGGCAACAAAUGGGCUCGGAUGGCUCUUCAUCUCCAGGGAAGGACAGAUAACGAGAUAAAGAAUUACUGGAACACAAGGUUAAAAAGACGUUUACGUGCUGGUUUACCAAUUUAUCCUGUUGAUUUUCAACAACAUCAUCAUAGAAGACAUCAAGAACAAUCGUUACAUCAAAACCAAAAAAAUCCAUUUUCGUCUUCAUCUUCAUCAUCAAAUCAUGCGAAUGAUGGUCUAAAUUCCAUCUCACAAAUGUUGUAUGAUCCCAUGAAUUAUCCGGUGAUUAACACGCCUUUCUAUCUCCAAAAUUCACAAUCUCAUUUCAAGAUUAAUGGUCAUUCAAACAACCAAAUUUCAAAUAAAAAUAACUCGCCUUCUUUCUUCAAUCAAGGUUUCCCGAGCUCCCUUCAAUCCAACCAUACCAUGCUGCAAAUACCAAAAACCGAACCAUCUUAUAAUGAUGUCAAGAUGUUUGAAAAUGUAGAAAACGAUCUUCCUUCGAUACAAUCAUCAUUUCAAGUGAUCACACCGACGUGUUCUUCAAACACGGUGAAUGAUCAUUUGAUGGUGCCAUCAAAUGAUGGAUCAGAUAAUGCAAUUUCACCCUAUAUGUGUCCUAGAGAAAAUAGUGGUUUAUUAGAGGAUGUUUUGGGUGAAUCUCGGGCUAUAAUCAACUCUCAAAUACUAUCAAAAGAAAGUAAAUCAUCAGAAACCGAUAAGGGUAAAGACACAAUCACUCAUGAUGAUUAUUCUCUAAUGAAAGAGCCCGAAAAUGUGACAUUAGAAUCGGUUUUUGAACCAAGGGAUGAUACUAACAAGACACCUCUGGAGGAUUCAAGUUCGGGCCAUUCAUCCAUUGAAAAUGGAGCAAACGCCCAAAAUGACACAUUUGAUGAGAUAAAUGUGACGGAUGAUGAUUUCUCGAGCUGGCUUGAUUUCCCAACGGGGUCACUGCAAGAUUGGUAUGGUGGAAAUGAAGAUGCAUCAAAUGAGAAAUUGCCCGUUGAUGUUUCAAAUGUGAACACGGUUGGAGAAGAGAAUCAAGUCGAGAUACCGUGCUCUCCUGAUGCAACAGCCGAGACAGACCAAGACCAGGAUCAGGAUCAUGACUGGACCAUGGGUUCAUGUUGUUGGAACAACAUGCCUGGAUUUAGUUAAUUGAAGGAUUUAAUAUCUGGGGUUAAUUAGGUUGGUCUAAUUAGGUGAGAGUGGAUGAUUAAUUAGCUCUCUCUGAUGUUAAUGGUCAUAGUUUGGUUAAGAUUUGUAAUGUAGUGCUACUUCUGAUCAGAAUAUGUGUUUAAAGCUUGGAGCUGAGUCUAUGUGUGAUCAAAACCAAUCUGCUGGUUGAUUGGUGUUUGGAAAUCAGCUGACAUAUGUUGUUUAAA